AUGACUUCGACAAGCGGCAGGUGCAAAGCUCCUGUCAGCCGGAGCAAAGAGCCCCCAGCCCCCAGAGGUGCCAACAAGGUGCUGGCCGAGAGGAACCAUGCGGUGGUGGCGGUAGGAGCCUGGGUGGAGGGCGGGCAAGACUUCACGGAGCACCCGUCUGCUCUGGCUUUGCUAACUGAGGAGAUCCAGGCAGAAAAGAGAAAGCAGACUGAAGAGAGCCUUCGACGAUUUCAAGAUGAAGUACGCCAUCGUGUGGCACAGCAAGCUCAAGUCAGCAAGAAGAGACCGCAGCCUCGGACAGACCCAGUGAUGAAACCGGAUGACAGAAGAAUCCCACAGCAGCAGCGUCAGGUCUGGACUCAGCAUGUGUCCCAUGAGAGGCUGAUGUCUGCGGGAGGAGCUGCACAGCAGAGGGGGACAGAGAGGAGCUCUCAGGAGGUGAGCGGACCUGUGACGUGGGAUUCUGACAAGCCGGAUCCUGUUUUCCAGUCCAACCUCAGAGCCCCCCAGGCCCUGUGGCCUCUGACUGACCAAGAAGAACUGAAAAGACAGCGUCAGUCUCAGUUCCUGAUGCACCGCCGUCUGUACAUGAACAUCGAGAGAGAGCAAGUGAAGGAGAACAAACAGAACAGGAAACACCUGAAGAGCACAGCGAGGAUCAAAGCUGAGAAAGAACGGAUUCGUGUGGAGGAAGAGAGAAAGUUGGAGAACGUCCGGCAGCUCGCUGAGGCCAGACAGAAGCUGGAGGAGAGAGAGCUGCUGAUUCUGGAGCGACUGAAGCUUGAGGAGGAGGAGGAGAGAGCGGUGCAGCUGCAGAGGAGGAAAAGGGAGGAGAAAGGGAAAGUAUCUGCAAGGUUCAUCGAGGCUCUGAGAGCUCAGAUGAAGGAGCGAGUGUCUCAGGAGAAGAUGGAGCCUCCUCCUCUCUGCUGCUGUGCGUCCUCUUUCUGGGACUCCCACCCCGACACGUGUGCGAACAACUGCGUCUUCCACAACAAUCCCAAAGCGUAUGCCAAGGCAUUACAUUCAACGAUGUUGAGUUUGGAGUUACAGUGAAGAUGAACUGAAAGAGCUCUUUGCUGACUGUUUUAAGGAACAGUCCAACAUUUUGGGAAAUACAGAAGUGAAGUUGUCAAACCGAGAUUCAGAUUAUUAUCAGUUGUAUCUGUCCGUCCAGUGCAGAGUUAGACUCCGGGUCUGUUAAGCCUCAGACUGAAAUGUCUCAACAAAUAUCCGAUGGAUUGCAACAAGACAUUCAUGUUUUCCAUAAGAUGAUUCCAACUGACUUUGGUGUUCCCCAUUUAUGAGUAUAAACAUUUUUAAACAUUUAAAAGAUGGAUUGCCGCAAAAUUGUGUGCAGACAUUGAUGGCUCCGAGAUGAUGUAUCCAAAAGACUUUACCUUUUAGCUUUGACCUGCUUUACUACUGACAACAGAUACUGUAAGAAUCACUCAUUCAUUUAUUUGAUAAAUGCAGACGUUCCUGCUUUAACAACAAUAAAUGUUUAAUUUUUUAUGCAGAUUCAAACUCAUCUUCUGGUUGGAGAGUGAUUCAUUAAAAUAUUUUUUGUAUUUUGUUUGCUGUUUUUGAUAAAACCAUGUAAUUUCUCAGUU